GGCGGAAUGACCAGGCAGAUUACUUUGUCAAAGCUCUGAGAGCUUUGAUAAGAGGCGAUGACUAGAACCAAUAUAAGAUGACUGGUCCGAAGUAACUCAGCAUACCCUUGAAAUCCAUACCAUUGACAGCAACAACGACAACAAAGACUUGAGCAGUAUCAACUCACCUGACAACUUGACAUUACACCUUUGUGGCCCAUCGUAUUGAUUGAAUAGAAUAUCCCAUCAAGUCAAACUUUUGGAGCUUUCUGUUUUACCGCAAACCUUCCUUCGAGAAAGAACAGCCACAUCGCCUUCCCCGACGGCUCCUGCCCCACUUUGACAUUUAUAUCAACUUCACUGCGGCAGCAGUCCUCCUUCACAAUGCCUUACCUCGGCGAUUCUUUCCCCUCCUCAAACCCUUACUCCGCCAGCGAGAAACCCGAGAUCAGCAUGUCUAUCUUCGGGGCUUUCAAGCAGAAGCUUGGCCGCAAAACAUCAUCUUCUCGCAAGUCCAAGCAGGCAUCCCAGUCGAACACGACGACACCCGGCAGCAACAACCCCUUUUCAAGCCCUGCAGUCAAACCCGCCCAUCCUCCCGACCAUGCCCCUCCAGCUUACUCGGUAACACCACCCUCUCCAUCGGAGAAUGGCUACCUGGGAAGCAAUGGCGGACCUGUUAGAAGCCCCUCGCCAGCCCCAUCCAACGCCGGUUCCAUCAUGUCAAGCACUGGCAUGAGCGUUUCGACCCCAGAGGACCCCUACGCAUUCCUUUCCUCAUUCGACACCAUCUUCGUUAUUGACGAUUCGGGGUCCAUGUCCGGCCGCUCAUGGCCUGAGGUCCAGGGUGUAAUCCGCAACAUCGCCCCGAUCUGUACAUCGCAUGACGAGGACGGAGUUGACCUCUACUUCCUCAACCACAAGACCCAAGCAGGUGGAAAUCCUCGUGAGGGUAAAGCCGCGGGUGGCUACUACGGCAUUCGUCGUGCCGAUACGGUCGAGGGCAUCUUCACGUCAGUUCGUCCUCGCGGCUGCACGCCUACGGGCCAGCGCCUCCUUGCCAUCCUCAAGCCUUAUCUUCAGCUCCUCGAGACCAAGAAGAACGACAUUGAGAGCGUCAAGCCCAUCAACCUCAUUGUCAUCACUGACGGCGCCCCCUCCGAUGACGUCGAGGCCACCAUCCUCUAUGCAGCCAAGAAGCUCGACAAGCUCGACGCUCCCAUGCAUCAGGUCGGUGUGCAAUUCUUCCAGGUUGGCAACGAGCCUGGUGCCCGCGAGGCGCUCCGAGAGCUCGACGACGACCUCGUCGGCAGAUGCGAUGGCGAUCUUCGAGACAUGGUCGACACUGUCACCUGGGAGAACGGUACCCGCGGCGUGCUCACGGCAGACAAUAUCCUCAAGGUCGUUCUCGGCGCGGUGGUCAGACGUCUCGACCGUCGUCGUACAAGUGGCGAAAGCCGUCGCUAAGAAUGGCCAGCUGCAUGCCUUUCUCUCCUUUGUUAGUGAUUUCGGGCAUCAAUGGCGUUUGGGAGGAUAGAAUCAGUUUCCAGGCCCUCUCACGAGGGCAGUUGACGGCUCAAGCCAAUAUCUGAUACCCAACGGAAGGCUUUCUGAAUUAGGUCUUUGUUAGAGGCGGGCAAUAAGCCCUAGACGGAGGUGGUAUGGCUCACGCCAUCGGAAGAGGUUCAUGUACCACCUUCCCCUUCAGUGAAAAAUAAAGUAAUUGAAAUAGACAAAAUGUUUCCUGUCAAUGAGACGUAGCCAAAUUGCAAUAUUUGUCUGUGUGCGUGGGGGGAUAUGACCAAGUUACGAUGUGUAGGCCCGUACGCCCGCAAGUGUAUGACAGAAUAACACGCGGCUGAUAUAUCCUCACUCACAUUUCUUGCCACCGUGUUUCAAGCAAAAAACAUUAGAGAAAUGCGAGCUGAUACGCGAUAGUACGGUACUAGCGAUAGAAAAAAGAAUACGUAGAGAGGCAGACGAUCUAACAAUGCAAUUUUGGUGGUUUGGACUGUCU